AUGAGUUACGUCGCAAAAGGUGGUGAAAAGGAAUACGAUCAAGCCGGUCUUCCUCCGGCCAAGUCUCACCGUAUUCGAAUUACUUUGACUAGUAAGAAUGUCAAGGCUCUUGAGAAAGUCUGCUCUGACUUGGUCAACCGAGCCAAAGACAAGGACCUUCGCGUCAAGGGACCCGUUCGACUUCCUACCAAGCGACUUACAAUCACCACUCGUAAGACACCUUGUGGUGAGGGUUCCAAGACCUGGGACCGAUUCGAGAUGAAGAUUCACAAGCGACUCAUCGACCUCCAGAGUCCAGCGGAGACCGUGAAACAAAUCACCUCCAUGUCCAUCGAACCCGGAGUAGAGGUUGAGGUUACCAUUGCUACUUAG